AUGCAUUCUGGCCGCGCCUUAGAGAUCCGCCGGGUGGUACCUCCACAUUCGACCGUCUACCACCUACGGACAAUCACAACAUCCAUAGCCAAGAGAAACAUUCUCUUGGGACUGGAUUUCAACCUGCGCACCGCACGGCGGCUGAUUAGUAGACCAAAUGUACUUCAAACUGAUCCAAUAGCAACCAAGAAUCAUCCGACAAGUACAGUCACGCGCGAUAAAUCUGUAUUUGAAAAUAUGGCGAAUGCGUCCGGUGUCACCCGUACGGGGAAAGACGAAGAGGCGAGCAGCGUCGCAGGCGCCGCGACGCCUAAACGGAUGAUUCAUGGCAAGCCGCAACUCGACUCGUUUUGUGGAGCAUUUGAGUUAGCCUUAAGGGGUCACGAUGAAAAGGAAAAUUCGGAAAACAGAGGCAUAUUUAAGGAGCUGGUGAAUUUUAGCGCCGAAUUAGACAACGAAUUGAAAGUCCAUAUUCAAAGUGCCAAACUUUUCAAGGGUACCUCAAAAACAACUCAAAACGAGCUUCUUGAGUGCAUGCUAGAUGUUUAUCAUGAAGAAGUUAAGAAGGAGAUUGCAAAUUCUCCUUUUGUUGCAGUAAUUGCCGAUGAAACGACUGACGUAGCCUGUGAAUUUCAAUAUUUGUGUAAAGGACAACCAGUUGAGAGAUUUUGGAGAUUUUACGUCCCCGACGGACACGAUGCCAAAUCAAUCGCUGCAUGCGUUUUAAAUGUUGUAAAUCCAUUAAUAGAUCAAAAUCCAAACAAAUUAAUAGCUCAAAGCUAUGAUGGUGCGUCUGUUAUGAGUGACAAAAACAGGCUUAAAACUGAGUUACAAGUAUUAUAUCAGAGAGAAGAAUUGAGUACUACUUCUGGAGCUGUUCCACUAUCCAUUUUAUUGAACGAGGAAGGAUUAAAUUGUACGUUUCAAGAAACUCUUAAGCUCUUAAGUAUUUUAAUCACUAUACCGAUGUCAACAUCUGAAGCAGAACGCUCUUUUUCAAUGCUGAAACGGAUUAAAACUUUCCUCAGAAACACAAUGAAGGAAGAAAGGCUUAGUGCUUUAGGAAUGCUGUCUGCAGAAAAACAUUUUGUUAGUGGCAUUGAAAAUUUUAAUAAUAAGGAAUACAGGAAAUUUUUAAGUAAACUUAUCAAGAAAGUGAAGUAUAAUUAUUACAAAUAUUUAACACAAAAAAAGUUGGAUAACCCCAGAAAAUUGUGGAAUAUGCUUAGAGAGGCCACCAAUGACCAAGAGAGUAAACCAGAAAUAAAAUGUAUCACUACCAAAACUAAUUCAGAAAUAACUGAUAAAAAAGAAGUUGCAGAUGAAUUUAACAAUUAUUUUUGUAACAUUGGUAAAAAAUUAGCAAGUGAAAUUACUAGAGGUACUUGGAGGAAUGAAGUGCGGGAAAAAAGAGGUGAGUUAAUACUGCCCAAAACGCUGAUCGGUAAGUAA